AGCUGACACUUCCUAGGAAGAGCAAAGGCACAAAAGGGAAAAGAUGCCUCUGGGUUGAUGAAAAGUGGUGCAGCACAAUUAGGUACUUUCGUUAGCCUUUUGGACCACUUCCAGAUAUCUUCACCUUUUCGUGUUUGAGGGAGCAAGAAAGAUGGAUCAAGAAGAGGUUCAUAUCGCGGUGGGGAAGAACUUCAAAAGAGAGAAGGCUAACAUAUUAUGGGCAGCUGCAAAUUUCCCAAGGGCCACACUAGUUCUUGUCAAUGUUCACUGGCCAUCCAAGUGGAUGCCUUUCAUGGGUGGUGAGUUGCUAUACAAGUUUGCAGAUGAAAAGGAGAAGCAGAUGCAUAGAGACAAACAAACAGAAGCAACGGUUAGGAUGUUGUUACAAUAUAAAAGCCUGUGUGAUACAAGAGAGGUUAAGGCACAUUACAUCACACACGAUGACAUUCUCGUUGGUCUUGUAAACCUGAUAAAGAAGCUCAAAAUAAAGAGAAUUGUCAUCGGUUCAAGGAAAAUGGCAAAGCAAGAAGAGCUUCGCAAAUGCUGUCAGGUUUGGGUGGUGCUCAAUGGAAAAUACAUGUCCACUAGUAAUGAUUAUCUGAAACAUACGGGAAGCAUUGGAUAUAGAGGGAGCUCCGAUUUGUUGGCGUCUAUACAUGAGCUGACUCAGCUGAGCGACGAAUCUGAUGGAUACACAACACCACCAAGUGAUUUUUAUGUCUCAUUUCAGGCAGAUGAUAUCAUCAAUGGGGAUGGGGUUAUUCAAAUGGAUGGUGCUGAUCAAUCAGCAAAGGAAGCUGAACAAGGCGUUGAGGAAUCAAAUGCUUGUGAGGAGGUGGAGAUUUUUUCCGAAGAGGGUGCUGAUAAAUCUGAUGAGAUACAGAGUGCCAGAAAUAUUUCUGAAGAGGCUGCAAAAUUGAUGGACGAAAUGGAGAAACUCCAAAGGAAAUUAAAAGAUCUGCAAGAUGAGGGCUAUAAUCAUGAACAAAGCAUCUUGUCACCCAGAAAAGGGAAUGUUUUGCCGAGGGAGAGAACCUUAUCGAAAAAUAGAUACCCAAAGCUGCAUAUUCCAGAUCACAUUUCGGAGUUCCCCAUGUCGCGUAUUGAGAAAGCGACCAAUAACUUCCACUCAAAAAAUCUCAUAGGAGAAGGAGGCUAUGGUCCAGUCUACAAAGGAAAACUAGGUGGUAUCAUAGUGGCUAUCAAGAUGUUGGGACCCCAUGGUAAACCCCAUGGUAAACAAGGUUUCCCAGAGUUUCAGCAGGAGGUUGUGGUACUGAGCAGAACCGAGCACCCACACAUCGUGAGGCUGAUUGGCGUGUGCCAGGAAUCAUGCAUCCUCAUUUACGAGCACCUCCCCAAUGGCACGCUCAUGGAUGGGCUCUCCAAGGGGCUUCCAUGGAAGGACCGCAUCAGGAUCCUCGCCGAGCAGCGCUCCGCGCUGGCGCACCUCCACUCCAGCUUCCCCCACGCCAUCAUCCACGCGGACCUGAAGCUGACGAACAUCCUCCUCGACGCCGGGAAUGUGAGCCGGCUAGGGGACUUUGGAACGGCGCGCAUUGUGCAGAUGAAGCCCCUGAAGGAGGACACAAUCUGCCGGUGGACCAACCCGAUGGGCACAAUGGGGUACAUGGACCCCAUCUUCUUCAUGACUGGCGAGCUCACUACAGAGUCGGACGUCUACGCGUUCGGCGUGGUGAUCCUGCAGGUGCUCACGGGGCUGCUCGACCUCAAUAUCGUCGAGCAGGUACAGGAGGCGCUCAGGAGGGACGCGGUGCACGGCCUGCUGGACGCAUCUGCCGGCAGCUGGCCAGAGGUGCAGGCAGAGCGGCUCCUUCGGCUGGCGCUGAAGUGCUGCAACCUGGAGCGGAAGCACCGACCGACCUUCACGUCCGACACCGACUGGAGACCGCUGGACAUCCUGCGGGCCAUGGCGACUGCAAGUAAGUCCCGGAAAUGGAGUCGUGGAAACUGAAGAACUGUGCCAACGCCACAACGCAUCGGCAACUUGCUGCAAAAUGCCAAUAGAUAGACAGUAGCAUUUCUCUUGUGAACCUGCACUAUACAUGGGUUUAGUUUGUGAUGCUAUAGCAUUUCUCUUGUGAAUGUACAUUUAAUUAACUAGAACAUGAUGUAUCAUAGAACAGAACAGUUCAUCACUCUCAUUAGUUUGUGGUGGCAAAAUCAUAGAUAAAUGUGCAUGGCAAAUUAUGUAAGCGCCCACAAACAUCUCAGGAUCCAAUGACCCACAUGAGCCA